AUGGUUCUUCAGCAUCUUCCUCUCAUCGGGCUCGCCUUGAGCCUUGUCCAUCACCACAACCACGCAAGAUCAUCUCAUCAUCAUCCAUCUCUCUCAGAUCACAAACCCGCUGCCCAAAUUUCUGCCGACACAUCACCCCUUCAACAAGCUCCGAAGCUGAUUGCCGCUCGAGCAUCAGAUGAGACUCAAAAUACAACAAUCCAAGUUUCCCAGCACCACCUGCAGACCAUCCUCGAUAAGAUCAAGACUCUUGAAGAAGAAAUCUUCGACAUGAUGCGAUCCAAAGCUGACUCUUCUCUAGAUUUAGGUUCUACGCCCGCGAAAAAUGCCUCCAUGGAUUCUGCUACUGUGGCGCCUCCAAAGCCCGAAAAGCUGGUCGUAACAACGCGCGAACAACAAGAGACUACCCCAGCAACAGCCAUCUUUGGAGGUUUAUUUAAAGAGGCUUCCGUCGACCUGGACACCUCAGCUAUAUCGGAUAGUAUGUCCACAACAAUAAUCACAUCAACUACUCGGAUCACGCGAACAGUCACCGUAGUGCCCACGGGAAUCGUCACGGUAACCACGUUCCCAUCCCACCUUGCAAUAGAGAGCAAUUUCAAGGCCAUCAUUCCCUUCGUCCACGCUACAGCAGACGCAAACCCGCCAAGAACAACCCUGAGCGUUGAUACUCUAAGCGGUGCUCGUAUCCGGCUAUUCAAUCUAUCGUUGACAUCAACAGCAGACGAAAAUUCGCCGAGAACAACCCUGAGCGUUGAUACUCUGGGCGGUGCUCGUGUCCAACCUUUCAAUCUGUCAUCAGCAUCAACAGCAACAGCAGACGCAGAUCGGCCGAGAACAACCUUGAGCGUUGAUAAUCUGGCCGGUGAUCGUGUCCAACCUUUAAAUCUGGCAUCAACAUCAACAUCAACAUCAACAAGCGUUGAUGCAGAACAGGGACGGCCUACAAUCACGGCCAUGGCCUUUAAUGCUUCAACGAGCAUUCAUCGGCUAUCGCUGUCGGCUGCUUCGAGUGGGUUCAGAACCCUCCGAAGAGCGGCUUGA